AAACCUGCCAGAUUGUAGCCUUCUUGUACAACUAACAUUCUUCGCUUCCUUAGCACUGUACAUUCUUUUAUACUGUACAAAAAGAUGCUAUCUUUUCUUUUUUUACCCAAAAAACUGUGCUGCCCAAACCCCGUUAAUAUAAAUACAUUAAGCUACACCAAUUGGCUCAUACAUAAAUCAUAAUCUAGUUCCCAUUGCCAACUUGCAGAGCCGCUCUUUUUUUACUCCAUUUCUACAUAAGUCACAUAUGGCUGAUUCUGAACAUUCUUCUUCUGAUGAGACUUGUGUAUACUCUCAAGAGGAAAGAACUCAAACAUCGAAGGCCGAAUUUUCUGAGGAUGAAGAAGCACUAGUAAUUAGGAUGUAUAAUUUGGUUGGAGAGAGAUGGUCUCUAAUUGCUGGGAGGAUUCCUGGAAGAACAGCAGAGGAGAUCGAGAAAUACUGGAACUCCAGAUAUUCAACUAGUCAAUGAAAUUACAACAGAAAAUACAAGUUUUGGAGCUGACAAUGGCUAGCUAGCCUGCAUGUUCUGCUUCUGUUUGUCUCAAGGAACCAUUUGAUUUACAAAUUUUGUUCCUGUAACUCUACUGUGUUUUUAUGAUGCAAAGCAAAGUGUGUUGUUUUUUCUAUGUGAUUCUGUUUGGUGAUUUCUAAACUUUAAUGUUGCGUUUUAGAUCAAGUGUAUCGGUGUCCGUUUCAAUUCUCCAGUAGGGAAACCGACAAAAGAAAAGGAGGCGUCCAUUGUGAAUAUGCCCCCGUACUGUGUUUUGCUGUACACUACUCAGAUUGUCUAUGCUAUAGAGAUCGGGUAUCUUUUGAUGGUUC